CAAAAAAAGAAGGGAAAGAAAACAAGCCGGCGGUCGGGGGUUCUGUUUCUAAAAGGAGGACUUGAACCAGUUCCAGAUUGGACACGCAGCUUCGACAAACCGCUCGCCUCUCGGGAAUUGGAAAAGCCGUCUGGAAUUUGAAUAUUUUCGCCCCUUUAGGUCACUUGGCAUGCCACUGAUUUCCUGGGCAACACCCCUUCGCAGCGUAUUUAAACGGAGGGAACUUUCUCUGUUUCCAAUCCAAGCUCCAGUCCUAACGACAAAUCAGGAGUGACCACGAAAGAGCGCAGCGAACCGAACCGAACCGAACCGCACCGCUACUGCAACAGCAACAACAACAGCAAACAGCAGCUCCUAGCUCAAGCUCCAGCCCGCUGACUGAGUAAAUCUCUUGGAAUCGUCAACUCGCAGACACUGUGAAGAUGUUUGGGAAAGCUACUGCGAAGGGGUUUCUUCUUCUGCUGGUUGUCUACACGACCCGAGGACAGGACUGCUCCUCGCCCUGCGCCUGCCCGCCAGAUCCCGCUCCUUGCCCGAUCGGCACCAGUCUGGUUCUGGACGGCUGCGGGUGCUGUAAGGUGUGCGCCCGGCAGGCCGGCGAGCCCUGCUCGCUCCUGGAGCCCUGUGACCACCACAAGGAGCUGUACUGCGACUACUCCAUCCUGAGCGACACCGACACUGGCGUCUGCAUCGGUGAGUCAGGCUUGGCGCUCACGACUGCUGGUGAACAGAAAGAGCCGAUUGUUUUUUUUAAAGGAGCGAGCAAUCACGAGCUUAAAAAAAUACGCACCUUUGGAUUUUUCUGGUUCACAAUCGCAGAAUUGUGGUUCGACUCCUGGUUUAAAUGCAGUGCUUUAGAGUACGUCAUCACUAAUUUUGUACCCUCAGUCCCUCCCCGUCUGUACCCCUCAGUGUACCGGGAGGUGCCCGCGUACGGCCCGGAGCCCGAGAGCCCGCGGGACAACUGCAUCGUCCAGACCACGGAGUGGAGCGAGUGCUCCCAGACCUGCGGCAUGGGCAUCUCCACCCGCGUCACCAACGACAACGAGCAGUGCCAGCUGGAGAAGCAGAGCCGGGUGUGCAUGAUCCGGCCCUGCGACGUGGCCCAGGAGGAGGGCAUCAAGAAGGGGAAGAAGUGCAUCCGGACGCCCAAGACCCCAAAGCCCAUGCGCUUCGAGCUCUCCGGCUGCACCAGCACCCGGGCCUACAGGCCCAAGUUCUGCGGGGUGUGCACGGACGGGCGCUGCUGCACCCCACACACCACCACCACGGCCGAGGUGGAGUUCCGCUGCCCCGAGGGGGACAGCUUCCGCAAGAAGAUGAUGUUCGUCAAGACCUGCUCCUGCCACCACGACUGCCCGCGCGACAACGACAUCUUCCUCAGCACGCACCGCCGCAGGAUGAUCGGGGACUACGACAUCUGAGCCCCCCUUCCCCCCCCCGUACACACACGCACACACGCGCAUGCAGAGACCCGGAGAGACGCCAGCCCCCGCGGCAUCUCUCUCUGCCGCCUAAAGAGGAGUGCACUGAACCCAUUUGCAUGCUGUUUUGUUUUCUUUCUCUUUCACAGAGGAGUGAUGGCCCCUCUUCCUCAGUCCCCCUUUACUUUACAAUCACACAGUAUUUGACAUGAAGGAAAGUGGCCUUUUUCGGCUUUCGGCUCUCGAAGAUGGUAUGUUGUUGGAGUUUCUGUGGUUGGCCUUGUCGCAGAUCUCGUGCUCCAUUUGGACACCUUCCACUUAGGGGGGAAAACGCCUAUCUUCUGUUCACCAGUACUGCGGGGUACAGGGCAUGUCCUAGAUGACAAGUCGUUUUUAGGUAUUUAAUGCCCCAGUGAAAAGCACUGUGUUUUCUCUGCUUGCACAGACUAGUCUUUCGAUCAGUAUGUUCAGUCCUGCCUCAGUGUGCAGCUAGUACAAGACUGGAAUCUCUUAUUUGCUAAUAGUGCUCUUCGGAACAUUUUGCCACAGAGCGUUUGUCAGAAAUAUGCAGCAGGGAUGUCUUCCUGCCAUCCUGGGUCUGUCAUCAGAGUUAUCCGACUGAGGUAGCUGAGGUUUCCUGGAUCUAGUAGUCCAGGAUCUGAUGUCACGGGCCAUCAGGACAUGUGUGCUUGGCAUCAGAAUGCAGUGCUGGGAUCCAGGCAGUGGGGAAAAUUUAAAAGGAGGGGAAAGGGUGUCUCAGUGACCCGGCAGUAAUCAGUCCAACGCUAGAAGGGCACAACAUAUCCUGAAUCCUUUGCUUGUGCCAAAAGUUUAUCACCACGGUUGGUUGAAUGACUGAUCAGAUUGUAUCUGUGGGGGAAAAAAGAGUUCUUCAGAUGUCAGUCAUCACAGUAAACUUUCAGGUCCACUAGAGCUAGUGGCCACUGCGAACACGACAGACCUACAGACCAUAACACCAGCCCAAUUAGAUCCGUGCCACAGCCCCACCUCUCCAUAGCACUUACUUGCAGUCACUCUGAUGUAGCACUCUGAUGAAGUGACUGCGAAAAUGCUGUAUGUCUGAACAGACGAAUGCCCUGAGAGCAUUCCCCAGAGUCGGCUCCCUGUCCUGAGAAGAGGGGGGGGAUUUGUCUCUUGGUGACGCAGUGAGGGACCUGACACGACCUCCUGAAAUGCUUGUAGAGGGAGGAAAAAACCUAUAAAAGAAAAACAACACAUUGAAAGUGUGGCUUUUUAAAAAGAAUUACUGUUAAUGACAUUGCUUACUGUAUAUUUAAAUAAGAAAUGCGACUCUUGAGAAAUGUGCCUUUGUGUAAAUAAUGUAAAUAGACUGUGUACAGUUUUGUACUAUAAUUUAUGUUAUUAACUCCAGGCAUAGAUGUAUUGUACUGUAUCCUUUAUGUUUCACUGCAACUGCUUGUGUUCUUCCAAGACACAAGUGAGUAAAUAUUUGUUGCACUUUAGUCGGUUUCCAAUAAAAGUGUUAUAUUUUUUGUA